CUGGUAGUUCCUCAAGUAAAGCCACAAAAACAUGGGAGCCAUCAUCACAAUUCAUCACAACAGUGCUGAGCAACCUCACCAUAUCCCAAGAAACCAGAACCCCUAACUCAACAAUCAUCAAAUUCAGUUCAGAAUGAUUGAUGGUGGUGAUCAUGCAACAGCAACAGCAACAGCAGCAGAAUCCCUCUGCACUGGUGCCACAACUCAACAAUCCUCAACCUUCUUCAACCACCACCGCCACCGCCGCCACCUCCCUUAGGUCACCCUCCACCGUCGCCGCCACCCAGUCCCAGCUACCUUCGCCUCUCUCUCUUCUUCCCCACCGCCAAGCCCUACUCUCCCCGCCUCUCGCCGCAGCUCUCCCGUCCGGGGAGCCCGCUCUGACGGCGGCGCCGGCGACGACGUCCCCGUUGAUCAGAAUCCGGCUCUCGGAUAUUGCCCCCUAUGAUGGUGCGCCGGCAGGGCCCUAUGUAAGAGCAAUGGAAGCAUUGUCUGGGUCUCUGACGAGGCACAAUGCGGCGUUGAUCGAAUUAGGUAGUGAAGACACUGCUCUCAUGCGUUGUGGCUUAGAAGGUGCAAGGUUGUUUUUCAGAAGCAGAGCGCACAUGGGUGUUGGCAAAGGAAGCCGUGGGGUUUACAUGUACAGAGCAGGAAGGGCUUUGGAGGAUUGGGAUUCAUCUCCUCCUUGCAUGGCUGAUAUUUUUAGGUGCAUGGGAAAGGCAUCUCGUUCUGCUUUGUGUGCCAUUGCAAGGCAUCUGCGCCUUAGAAGCGAUGUUUUUAAUCAUCUGCUUGAUGAUGCUCCAUUGCCUUCUAACGAGGUGUCCUCAUCGGUUCUUGUUGUAACUUACUCACAUGCUUCUUUGCAAAAUGGCAAAGGUGCUAUUGGAGGUGGUAAGCCUACCAUGAAUGGUGAAGUUGAGAAGGGGCUGUUGACAUUGAUAUCUUCUGACACUCCUGGUCUUCAGGUAUGUGAUUCCAAUGGCCGCUGGUAUCUGGCAGACAGUGGGUCUGGGCCUGGAGAUCUUCUAUUGAUAACAGGCAAGGCGCUUAGCCAUGCUACUGCAGGCCUACGUCCUGCUGCAUCAUAUAGAGCUUCUCCUGAUUAUUUUCUGACCCCUAAUAGUGGAGGAAGGACUUCUCUUGCAUAUAGACUCAUGCCACAGGGCAAUGCUAUAUUAGAUUGUUCUCCAAUUGCAGCAGCUGGCCAUGCUAUUCCCCAAAGCUAUGUUCCAAUAUCUGUAAGCCAAUUUAUGGAUGAUCUUACUGCUGAAGAGCUGAUAGGCAACAGAUGCGAUAGUGCUGACGUUGCUCAAAACAAUGUGAAUAAAGAACCAUCAUUAAGAAGCGUUCUAUCAGAUCCGUUGUCUGGCACAUUCCUUGAAGAUGCCAUGCUCGUCUCAUGUGGACAUUCUUUUGGUGGUCUCAUGCUGAGGAGAGUCAUCGAAACAUCAAGAUGUACUCUCUGCAAUUCAGAUAUUGAGACUGGUCCUCUGAUCCCUAAUCUUGCUCUUAGAGCUGCAGCUGCUGCUGUAAAGCAUGAGGAUGAUCGAAGGUUAUUUCGUAAUGCUGCUCUCCGAAAGCGGCGGAAAGAAAUGGGUGACCAGAUGGAUUCAAUGAGAAGAGUGAACAGGGAAAAUGGAGAUUUUGCUGGUGCUGAUGGAAUCCAGCGGGGAGUACAAUAUCCAUUUUCGGUAAAUGAGAAAGUUAUAAUUAAGGGUAACAGGAGAACACCAGAAAAAUUUGUUGGGAAAGAAGCUGUCAUUACGUCUCAGUGUCUCAAUGGCUGGUAUUUGCUCAAGAUUAUUGGAACUGGAGAGAAUGUCCGCCUGCAGUACCGUUCUCUUAGGAAGCUCUUAAAUUCAUCAGCCAUGGAGGACCAGUGCCCCUCACAGCCAAUGCAAACUAGCAGCUCUUAAAAUAUAUGAAUUCUAGGUUCUCCUUAUUUCAUUUUUCUACGACGAGAAAAAGGAAACUUUUGUAGUCUUGAUUUUUGAUUGUAAAGAAUUAAGUUGACUGGUCCGGCUCCUUACAGCAAGUAUGUGAUAGAGGUUUGUACUUAUUAAUGUAUCAACGAGGUUAUUUGUUAGAUACUAUAAUGCUAGGUCGGCUUAUAUUUAUUGUAAAGAAAACAGACACAGAUGGAUUAGAUUGCUUGUAAAUUGUAGUUUGCAAUUACUGAA